GGUGGCACCGACCCCGCAGCCCAAGAUGGCGGCCGAGGUGGACUUCGGCGACCUGGAGCUCUUCGAGGCUUUCGACCCGCCGCAGGAGGCGCCUCCGAAGCCGGUGCACACGCGCUUCCCGGACGCGGACGGCGACGCCGACGCCGAGGAGGACGAGGACGAGGGCGCGGGCGCGGGCGCGGGCGCCAACGGGCUGGAGGCCGCCGGGCUGCGGGAGCGGCUGCGCGAGUGCGAGGCGACCGUGGCGCAGCUCCGGGCCGAGAAUCAAGAAUUGAAGAGAAAAUUGAAUAUUCUGACUCGACCAAGUGGAAUAUUGGUGAACAAUACUAAGUUAGAUGGACCUUUAUUACAGAUUCUAUUUAUGAACAACGUUAUUUCAAAGCAAUAUCAUCAAGAAAUAGAGAAAUUUGUGUCACAUUUAGUAAAAAGAUUUGAGGAACAGCAGCAAAAUGACAUGGAAAAGACUUCCUUUAAUCUUUUGCCCCAGCCCUCCAGCGUCCUGCUAGAAGAGGACCAUAAAGUAGAAGAAUCCAGUUCGGUCAAGAACAACAAGGAAGCGUUCAGCGUUAUAGGAAGUGUCCUGUAUUUUACUAAUUUUUGCCUUGAUAAGUUGGGGCAGCCACUACUAAACGAGAACCCUCAGCUCACAGAAGGAUGGGAAAUACCCAAGUACCAGCAAGUCUUCAGCCAUAUUGUUUCUCUAGAAGGGCAAGAGAUACAAGUAAAGGCAAAAAGGCCAAAGCCGCACUGUUUCAAUUGUGGCUCAGAAGAUCAUCAAAUGAAAGACUGUUCGAUGCCUCGCAAUGCGGCUCGGAUAAGUGAGAAGAGGAAGGAAUUCUUGGAUGCUUGCGGGGAGACCAGCAGUCCCACUCUGUCACAAGCGCUACCACGAAGAAAGGUGGAAGAGCGGUUUGGGAGGUUCAAGCCCGGAUAUCAGGUAUAUGGCGAGGAGCUUCAGGAUGCUCUGGGGGUGACUGACAAGAGCCUCCCACCUUUCAUAUACCGGAUGCGGCAGCUGGGGUACCCACCAGGAUGGCUGAAGGAGGCCGAGCUGGAGCACUCCGGCCUCGCGCUCUAUGAUGGGAAAGGUAAGACAGACCGGCCUGCUGACGGCGGGGGAGCUCAGCCACACAGGAACAUUACAUACGAUCUGUCCAAGCUGGUCAACUAUCCUGGCUUCAACAUAUCCACUCCGAGAGGAAUUCCUGACGAAUGGCGGAUGUUCGGCUCCAUACCCAUGCAGGCCUCUCAGCAGAAGGACGCUUUUGCCAGUUACCUCACUGCCAACUUCCAGGCUCCAAAUAUGAAGUCUGGCACCAAGAGGUCUUCGUGUCAGUCCAGUCCAACAAGUCCCAAGAAGCAGAAGAAGGAAGGCCUGGCCUCCUUGCCCGCCGACAUGGAGCUCGACUCAGAUGCUGAUGGCCCGCCUGGCUCUCUGAGUGCCGAAGCUUCCAGGUUCCAGCCUCCUUUGCCCCCUGGCACUCCCCUAUCCCCCCUCUUCACUCCACCACUUCCCAAGGGCACCCCACUGCUCACGCCCAACACCUCGCCGCACACCCAGCGGGCCUCUGCCAGUGUGGAUGAGGAUGCUCUGACUCUGGAAGAGCUGGAGGAGCAGCAGCGGCGAAUCUGGGCAGCCCUGGAGCAGGCCGAAGGCAGCCCCAGCGACAUGGAGCUUCCUGGCGACACCCCCUUCACUGGCCACUCUGUUGCCUCUUCCCCUUGUCCUUCUGCACAGGAGCCAGACCUCUCUGGGGCAGAGAGAGAAGCGCCUGGAAAGCAGGCGUCCGAGGAGCCAGAGCUCGCAGACUCUGGGCUGGAGCAGCCUGAAAUCAAGCCCUCUAGUCCAGGGCCCAAGGCUCCAGAGCCUUGUCUCUCGGAGUCCCAAGGCGCGCUGGGUAACGGCAGCGCUCUGUCGGACUGUGACAUGACGAAUGGGAACAGCCAGAAGCUGACGCGCUCAGAUGCCAGCCCUUCCCCUGCUGUCAAGACACACAGUCCUGUCCCGGACAUGAGCAAGUUCGCCACCGGGAUCACGCCGUUUGAGUUCGAGAACAUGGCAGAAUCCACGGGCAUGUACCUCCGGAUCAGGAGCCUGCUCAAGAACUCGCCUCGGAACCUGCAGAAAAACAGGAAGUCCUCCGAAUAGUGGCUUGCCGCAGCUGCCCUCAGAGCCACAAUUUAGUUACAGUUGUAGCUGCUCCCUGGUCACUCUGGAAAGACAAGACUGAUUUCGCUGUGCAUCCAUGUGCACGAUGAUCCGAGGCCUCGCGAGGGGCCCUUUUUAAUUAACAAAGGGAAAAAUCGGGCUUGGCUGGCUUAUAUCUUAUUCUCGCUGAUGGAAAUCGGGGGGUGGAGGGGAGGUAAUGAGUUGAAACCCAGACAGUUUAUUAAGGUUUAUACUAUAUUUGGAAGUGAAUGUCUGUGGAGACCAAUGGUUUUUAUGUCUUUUGUACAUCGUUUUUCCCUUUCUAUAUUUUGCUAAUUAUCUUGUACAUACAUUUAAUAUAUCCUUUUUUUACAGAAACUUCCCACCGUUUUAAAUUCAUAUUUCAAAUCUGACAACCAUUGAGAAAAUUCAGGGAUGAGCAGCUCUGUCCCAAUUGGGGUAUUUUUCUAAGUGAUUUAGAUGCAUCCGUUUGAAUACCACUUGACUUCUUCUAGAACCUCAUUCUUCAUAUAACCUUGUUAUGCCGGUAUGCCCAUCUUUGUGUAUAGGGUUUAAUAAAUUAGUUUU